UCAACUCAGUAUGUGAAUGUUAAGGUUUUUUUGUGCAAAAUACAAAUAGGCCCACUGAUUUUUCUCAUUUAAAUGUUCAUUGUGUCUCAUCACUAAAGCCUUUGUGACGGGUCACUCAACGUUUUCAUUGUAGUUUUUGGACCGGGUUUUUGCCAUUUUCGAUGACAUAAUAGUGGUUACUGAUUGACUGGGCCAAUUUGCUCCCUGUGUGUUUGUAAAUGGGUGGCUGUAAAUGAAUUGUCGCAAUAAAGCCUUCAGGCAUUAGUCCCAGCUGACAUUGACUCAAGAAUGGUCUGUACAGUUAUGGUGCAUUAGAGUUGAGGAGCAAGUGCUCAGUUCACUAUGGGAGAAGGGAGCUGAAAUACAAUCGUGAUGCUUCUCAAUGCAGCCCAAAAUCCCUGCAUUUAUGGUGCUACUUGCCAGGAGUCUUAGCUUUUUUACAUUGGGUUUUAAGACCCCUUACACAGGUGUGGAUCAUGGCAAUGGACUGUAUAGGAUCCAGCGAUGCCUUCAAACUGGGGAUUUUAGGAAGCAUCGUUAGGAGGUCCCUGGAUGCCCCACGGCACUCCGUCCUCGCUCGCCCUCCCGAUGGCCGGCAGCUGACCCCGCCCCCCAGGAUGACGGUGAGAGAGCGGCUGCGAGAGAAGAUCUCGACGGCGUUUUACCGCCAUGGGCUGCUUUGCGCUUCCUAUCCGGUGCCCAUCAUCCUCUUCACCUCUGCCAGUAUUCUCGCCUGCUGUUACCCUCUGCUGCGGCUGCCUCUGCCGGGGACCGGGCCGGUGGAGUUCACCACACGGGUCCGAGAUUAUACCGUCCCUUCCCAUGAGCCCCAGGGAGACCUCGGCGAGCGGCCUGACUGGUAUCGGGGUCCUCCGGUGGCCUACAUCCAACAGGUCCUGGUGAAGGCAGCUGUGUCUCCCUGGGACAGUACGCUGGUCCCUGUGGACGUGUUCCGCUCCCCACUGGGCCGCGUAUUCAGCCUGCUGGAGGAGAUCCGCAACCAUGUACACAACGACGGUUCUGGGGUCAGGAGCCUGGAGGCGCUCUGCCUGCAGGUGACGGACCUGUUGCCGGGGUUACGACGUAUGCAGACAGUGCUGCCGGAGCACGGUUGUCUGCUGGUCUCCCCCGGCAACUACUGGCAGAACCAGCGGGAGCUGUUUGACUCUGACCCCGACCUGCUGAAGACCGUCCACCAGCAUGAACCCAAAGGACUGCACACCUCCGCCACACUGAGAGACCUGCUGUUUGGCGUCCCGGUGAAACACACAGGGGUGAGUCUGUACAGCAGGAAGAGGGUGGUCACCUACACCAUCACCAUGGUCCUGGGCAGCUACGACGCCAGGUUCCUGUCUAGCCUGCGGGCACGUCUUCGCCAGCUGCACCCCUCUGUGAACUGCAGCCUGCGCGAGGACCACAUGGUGCACGUGCACUUCAAGGAGGAGAUAGGCAUGGCCGAGCUCAUCCCCCUGGUCACCACCUACAUCAUACUUUUCGCCUACAUCUACUUCUCCACACGUAAGAUUGACAUGGUGAAGUCAAAAUGGGGCUUGGCGCUGGCUGCCGUGGUAACAGUGCUCAGCUCUCUGCUUAUGUCUGUGGGGCUCUGCACCCUGUUCGGCCUGACGCCCACACUCAAUGGAGGUGAGAUCUUCCCAUAUCUGGUGGUGGUGAUAGGGCUGGAGAACGUCCUGGUUCUCACCAAGUCUGUGGUGUCCACCCCUGUUGACUUGGAGGUCAAACUACGCAUCGCUCAGGGCCUUAGUAAUGAGAGCUGGUCUAUCAUGAAGAACAUGGCCACAGAGCUGUGCAUCAUCCUCAUAGGAUAUUUCACCCUGGUGCCCGCUAUCCAGGAGUUCUGUCUGUUUGCUGUGGUGGGGCUGGUGUCUGACUUCUUCCUUCAGAUGUUUUUCUUCACCACAGUUCUUUCCAUUGACAUCCGACGCAUGGAGUUGGCCGAUCUGAACCGCCGUCUACCGGCCGAGGCGGGUAUGCCCCCUCCCAAACCGGGCCCCCUGCGCCCUCGGGAGGCGCCUCCUCCCCCACGGCCCUCGCCCUACACCAUCACCCUGCAGACGCCCGCCUUCAGGAACCUGCGUCUGCCCAAGAGGCUCCGUGUGGUCUACUUCCUGGCCCGCACACGUCUGGCCCAGCGCUUCAUCAUGGUGGGUACAGUGAUCUGGAUUGGCAUCCUGGCCUACACGGACCCCGCUGGCCUCCGUACCUACCUGGCAGCCCAGGUGUCUGAACAGAGCCCCCUGGGGGAGAGCGGGGCCGGGGGUCUGCCCCCCCACCUGGGAGUAGCCUCGGUCUUCCCUGGACCAGGAGGGGACCCCGCCAGCACCCUCAGUGUCCUCCCUGCCCCCGCUGAACCCACCCCACUUCCAGAGAACCAGUCCCAGGGUCACCACGGGGCCCCCAGGGAAGGAGUACCCCACCAGGCCCAGGCCCCACCCCUGGUGCCCCAGAUCAGCUGGGGGGCGGAGGAUGAGGAGGGCUGGAGGAGGCUGUCUUUCAGACACUGGCCCUCGCUCUUCAGCUACUAUAAUAUUACUCUGGCCAAGAGAUACAUCAGCAUCCUGCCUGUCAUUCCCGUCACGCUUCACCUGAGCCCCCGGGAGGCCAUCGAGACGCGUCACCCCCAGGACACACGCCACCCCCCGCCGCCCAGCCUCAAAACUAACGACCUACCCGCAGACCUCACGCUCUACAAGGUAGCAGCUCUGGGCCUGGCGGCAGGGGUUCUGCUGGUGCUGCUGCUCUUCUGUCUCUACCGGGUCCUCUGUCCCCGCAACUACGGCCAGAACGGAGUGGCCCAUGGACGCCGUCGCCGCGGUGACCUGCCCUGCGACGACUACGGCUACUCGCCACCCAUCAGCGAGAUCUCCCCCCUGCUGCUGCGUGGACACAGCAUGGAUAUAGAGUGUCUGGCGAGUGAUGGCAUGCUGUUGGCCAGUUGUUGUCUGGCAGGACAGAUCCGUGUGUGGGACGCUCAGACUGGAGACUGCCUCACUGUCAUUCCUAAACAUGGGUUGCGGCGGAGUAGUAGCAGUGGCGGCUGGGAACAACGGGAUGGCUGGGACACCGUGGGUGUGGCCGAACCUGAGAAUCUGGGAGGCGGGACAGAACCAGGGGGUGGGGUUUUCGAUGAGGAUGAGGGCUACCCCCUCAGGCGGCGGACCACCCCACGCCCGGCCCUCUUUGAGGACCAACCCGACCUCACCCCCCUCAUCGACACCAACUUCGACUCCCAGCCCUCCUCCCACCUCCUCCUCACCCCGCCCAGGGAUGGCUUUGACUUCGGGGGGCUGGUGGAGAGAGCCUACCUAGAGCACGAGCCUCCCUCGCCGGGCCUCACUGCCUCCUACCCCUCCCCCUCCCCCCCAUCGGGACCCCCUCCCCAGAGGAGACGCAGCCUGGGGUACAUCCAGCCCCCUGUUCCACAGGGCCAGGGAACCCCGGACUGGGAAAGCGCCGUGUGGGCCAUGGAGCUUCGGGGGAACCUCAUUGCUGCUGGGAGGAGCAGUGGCAAACUGGAGCUGUGGGAUGCAGUGGAGGGCUCGUUACGCUGCAGUAAUGAAGACGGCGUCUCGGGGAUCACGGCCCUGGCCUUCCUCAACAACAGGAUCGUGGCGGCCAGACUCGACGGCUCUCUAGACUUCUUCACUGUCGACAUCAACAAGCCUCUGGGCUUACUGCAGUACAGAGGUCCUCCCGGGCGUAGUAACAUGCCGCCCUCGCCCUGCUACAGCAGUGAGGAUGUGAUCUCAUGCCAGCUGACGCGCUCGGUGCAGUGUGCCCACCAGAAACCCAUCACGGUGCUGCGAGCCGCUGCCGGCAGAGUGGUCACUGGCAGCCAGGAUCACACGGUCAGGGUAUAUCGUCUGGAGGACUCAUGCUGUCUCUUCACGCUCCAGGGCCACUCUGGGGGAAUCACUGCCAUCUACAUAGACCAGACCAUGGUUCUGGCCAGUGGGGGGCAGGACGGAGCAAUCUGUCUGUGGGAUGUGCUGACGGGCAGCCGGGUGAGCCACGUGUACGGUCACCGCGGCGACGUGACCUCGCUGGUGUGCACCACAUCGUGCGUGAUCAGCAGCGGCCUUGACGACCUCAUCUGCAUCUGGGACCGCAGCACGGGCAUCAAGCUCUACUCCAUACAGCAGGAGGUGGGCUGUGGUGCUAGUCUGGGGGUCAUCUCUGAGUCUCUCCUGGUGACAGGGGGCCAGGGCUGUGUGUCCUUCUGGGACCUGAACUUCGGGGACCUCCUCCAGACGGUCUACCUGGGCCAGAGCAGCGACGGCCAGGGGGUCCGCCAGCUCGUGGUGCUGAACAACGCCGCCAUCGUCUGCGACUUUGGCUCCGAGCUCAGCCUGGUCUACGUACCCUCGGUGCUGGAGAAGCUGGACUGAGCAGUAGCAGAACUAGGACAGGUGCCACACAGUGGCCUGGAGGAGUAGAUGAAAUGGUCAGUACUGACAAUGGGGAUACCUGCAAACGCAACUCAUUUUGGCCCUACAUUACGCUGCAGUUGGACAAUCUUCUUGGAAAGAGUUGACGUGAUUGGCUAAUUUAGAUCGUUAGCACUUCACCCGAUUAGGUGGGAGGGCAUUUCUAUAGCAAUACAUAACGUUUUUUAUAAAGCUAAUGUCUGGUUGGAGAGACAGAUGUACAGACAGACAGACUUACAAGUGGUCAACCUGCCACAGGGUGAGGUCUGUCUGACCAGAAAGAUGACCCUUGACCUUGUUAGUAGCUCAGGGGGUUUGUAUCCAAGGGGUUACCAUCCAACAAUCAGUCUGUCUGCACUCUAUGAUGCUGUCAUUGGCGGAGUGUUUGAUACCACGCCAGCCAAUCAGUGUGGCAGGCUCAUGUCAUGAGGUCUGAGGGCUGUUGGGCUAAGCUAAGCAGUUACUAGCAUGUGUGUGUUUUGUGUCCUGGGAAAGAAACAGUCCCUUUUAUGGUGAAAACACUGCUGACAAAAAUCCUUCAUUAUUGUGUGUGUGUGCAAGAUAACUGGAUACGAUUACUGUAAUGAAAUGCACCUUGAGAGGGGGUUGUUUUUAUGUUUAAAUCUAUUUAUUAGUGAUACAUUUUAAAGUAACAAUUUGAGAUGUGCAUAAUAUAAUGUGCAGAUGUCAUAAAUGUAGGGUUAGAUUUUUUUUAUUUUUUUUAAACAUUGGUUAUGAUGAAUAUUUGUAAUAUGAAUAUUUUGGAACUGAAGUGUUUUCUUGUAGUUGGAGAUUGAGGGGGAGAGGUUCCUUGCCUUACCAAGCCUCAGGCUCUGAUUUUAGGGCUACUGUUGCUGCAAGAGGACCCAUCUGGCCCUUUUAGCUGUAGGAGGCUCUAUACCUCUACACUUUCUGCUUGAAUUUGAGAUGUGCAUCUGAAGUUGUGGUAGCUCUACAUUUGCUGCUCUCUUCCCAUGUUGACUGGGCCUAGGAGAAAUGUCAGAUCAUUUGAGAUUGUGAAUAUAUUCAAUUGCACUGUUUUACAUUAGUAACAUUGUCAUGCUACCAUUGUAUAUGUCUUGUUCUCUGACAGAAGGUUCCAUUGAGGAAAUCACGUUACUUUUUAAAUGGCUUCCUCUUGAAAAACAUCUUACAACUGAGUUUCUCUGUCUGUUUUUUCCCAAUACAAUGAAACGGUCUCUUUACUUUCUCUUAUCUCUGUAAUUCUCUGCUUGUGAGUUUGAGAACCCUAUCAGGCAUAACAGGAGAGGAUGGGUAGUGUACCAGUAAUGUGGUGAUAACUCCACCUUGGCCCAGCCAGUCUUUUCAAGUGAGCAAAGGAGUCAGCGAGGGCCUCAGACUAGGAAUAUGAGGAGUUUGAUGGGACCCUCUAGCUUGGACCCCCUUUACUAACUCAACCUUUCUUCCAGCCCCUUAGCUCUGAGUGACCGUAGCGCUAGCCUGCAGACACACACAAUGCAGAGAGCGUGUAGUGGGCUUGACAUUAGCCUACUUGGUUACUUACACCCAUAGCUGAAUGUAGGUCCGUGACGCUUGGUAUUGAAAAGCAAAUCCCCUCAACUUCUACAUACAGAAAUAUAACACACUAACUUGUGCACUAACUCUUAACCCUCUGAAAUGCACACACGCACACACACACACACACACACACACACACACACAUCAGGCACUUUGAAACACAAUGUAUAGAAAGACAUUCAGAAACACACACAUCAGACUUGUGAAUGCAGGGGUGGGCAGCUUUAGUCCUCAAGUGUUGUGACGUCUCCUGGUUUAUCAAUAACAUGAAUUGAAGACAAACGAAAACCCAGACGGACUGGAGUUGUGCUCCCAUGUUCUAUUGUAACAUUUCUAAUUUAUUUUGUGUAAAUAAUAGGUAAAUGCUUUAGUGUGUAGAUUCACUUAUAAUUUGAAGAUCAUUUUUUACUUCCUGACCAAAUGGUCUCUUUCUGGCAGUGUGGUGGGGGGUGGGGGUUGAUGAUGAUGACUUGGGUCUCGAAGGAAUGAAUGUUGAAGGAUAUAAACUGCUGCCUGUAUUGGGCAGUAAAAUAUGGUUGUGUUCCAAGUCCUUUUAAGCUGCCUUUCCUUAUCUCCUUGCUUGCAAAUAAUGAUGUUAUAGUUAUUUAACAGACCCAUUGCAGCAGUUCACACACAUUCAGUCACAAUAUGUGGCCUAUGCAGGAAUUAAACCGCACAACUCUGGUGUUGCGAGCACUAUGCUCCAAACAGAACGUUUAUGGAACAGGACCUUUCUUACAUAUGUUUCCCAGCGUUCUGCCACUGUACUAUCAGUAGUGAUGAAAGGAGAUGAGAAGGGAAGCAUUUAAGAUAAUUGGAACACAGCCCAUGUCCCCUUGAUCUGUUCCUUUUGGUCCUACAAAAUAGUUGACAGAGGGAGGGGCAGAGAGAAACUGGUGUAAAUAUUGUUUUUGUGGAAUCAUAGGCCUGCUCUGCCCCCCUCCGCCCUUCGGUUGGCUAGGGUACACAGACUGUAGUGGCGGUAGCAAAUGUUCUGGACUAUUUUUAACACGGGAGCAAAACUUUGUACUAAUUUCCAAAUAAAGAGGCUUUGAUACCUUG